AUGCCGCGUGUAAGAGGAGACAACUACUCUAAACGAUGGCUCAGUCAGUGUAUCACAGCUAUGAAUAUAAUUGAUAACUUACUAACAAAAGUGUUCAGAAUGGUUGUUGGAUCUACUUCAUAUCCAGGGAGGCAAGUGCUCCACAAAAUGCAACCAAUGGGCAUGACACCCAGGGAGCUCUCUGAAUACGACGACCUGGCCACGGCACUCAUAAUAGAUCCCUAUCUCGGGUUUACGACACAUAAAAUGAAUAUUCGUUAUAGGCCUUUGAAAACUAAUAAGGAAGAGCUAAAGAAUAUAAUCAAGGAGUUCAUUCAAACACAGGAUUAUAAUAAGGCUUAUUCCAAGUUAGCAAAUGGGGAUUGGAUGCCAAGGCAUUUCAGUAAAAAUAAACAUCAACAAAACAAAUUAAGAGAGCAUAUAUACCGUUACUUAAGAAUAUUUGACAAGAAAGCUGGUUUUGUUAUUGAGCCAUGUUAUAGAUAUUCAAUGGAAGGACGUGUUGGAGCUAAGAUUUCAACCACAAAAAAGUUUUACAAGCAUGAAAGAAUAGAUUUUUUAGUUGGUUGUAUUGCUGAAAUGACAGAAGAAGAGGAAAAACAACUGCUUCAUCCAGGGAAAAAUGACUUUUCAGUAAUGUAUAGUUGUAGAAAAAAUUGUGCUCAGUUAUGGCUGGGCCCAGCUGCUUAUAUAAAUCAUGACUGUAGACCUACUUGUACAUUUGAAGCCACAGACCGUGGAAAAGCGUUUGUUAGAGUUUUGAGAGACAUUGACGUUGGGGAGGAAAUCACUUGUUACUAUGGAGAAGAUUUUUUUGGAAAUGGAAAUUGUUACUGUGAAUGUGAAACAUGUGAAAGGCGAGGUAAAGGUGCAUUUUCUGUUCAAAACCCACACAAUGACGAACAAGCCUCAAGGUAUAGAUUUAGAGAAACAGACAAUAGGAUUAAUAGGACAAAAGCAAAACUCAUACAAAAACCUGUAAAUGGUAAAAAUAAUGAUAAACCUCGAAUAUCAAGUCGGCAAGUGCCUAAUAUUGUCUCACCUCUGAGUAUGAAAGAAAUGAAACAAAAAGGUCUUACAAAAUAUGAUGCUGAGCUUUUAAUUGCUCAGGGUUGUAUUGCAGAUGUAAUUGACAGACCUGACCAAAAAGAAACACAAGGCAGCCGUGAGUCUUCAGUUUCAAAUCGAAGUGAAAGGUUAAGACGACGUAGAGAUAGUGGCCGAACUUUAAAUGGUACCACUGCUCAAAGUCAAACAAUCUAUACUAGAUGUUGUAGUAUAACAAGUUCACGCAGUAGCAAUGACUCACAUUCAGGAAUUGUUUUAAGAAGCCAUAAACGCCUCUUGGACACAACAGGUUCACCAGCUACUUUUUCUAAAAAUAGAAGUCAUUCCAAACACUCUUCAGAUGCUAAGUUAGCAAGAAAUCACAUGGCACCAAAAACAGAACCAAAUUUACCAACUUUAGAAGAAAGUAAAAAUAUCAAAAUUGAACCAGUCACAGAGGAGCAUCAGGAACCUGAAGGAGCAGUUGAGAUUAAUGCAGAGGACACUUGUUGUAAAACCAUAGAUAUUGGGAGCAAAUGUGAUGCCACGGAAUCUCUAACACAGGAAACUGAAAAAUGUAUAUUAACAGACACUAAACCUGAAAUCCAAGAACAUCCCAAUGAAAUUAAGGAUACCAUUAAAGAAGAAGUAAGUUUAGAAAAACAAAGUGAGCAAUGUGAUUUUAGAGAGAACAUCAAAACAAAUGAUUCUAAUGAUAAUAACAACAAACAUCAAAAGGGUAUUUCUAAUAGUACUAAAAAAGGAUCAGAUUCUGGUCCUCCUUGGGUUGCAGACAACCCUGAUAAAAAGAGUGAAUGUCCAUGCACUCCUCCACGGAGAGGUUUAAAGCUGACAUUACGUGUGAAACGAAGUCCUGUUGUAGAGGAAGUGAUGGAGUGUGGAAGUACAAGUGAACCGCCUGAAUAUGAAGUAUUAAGGUUGGAGGGUGUUGAUCCUGAGACGGCGAGGCGUCUUAAAAAGAGGCGUCGAUCUAAAGAACGACAUCGUAAACAUAACUCUAUCCGUCCUCUGCCUCCAAUGAAGCGCUUAAGAUUAAUUUUUGGCAACGAAAGUCGUACUAUUGAUUUACCUCCUGCCAUAAUGGCAGACUGA